CUUUAGAAAAGAUGUAAAUAUAUAUUUAUAUAUAUAGGUCUCUGGACCCUCUGGCUCCAAAAGUUAAAAAAAGAAGCAGAGUUUUGUGAGCAAGCUCUAAUGGCAGAUCAACACACUAAAAUUCAUCCAUUGAAAGAUAAAACAGAGAAUCCUCAACCUACCAGACCUUUGGUGCCAAAGGGAUCAUCAUUCAAGUCAGAUAAUCAAGGGCAACCCAGCUCAGCCAUGCCUUCCAAUGUACAUGUACAGAAUAAUCCUCCUAGCUUUCCAUUCAUGGACUUGAGGAGGGCAUCAAAACCGAAGAGAAGCUGUUGGUGCAGAUGCAUAUGUUGGACAAUCAGUCUCCUCAUCCUUCUGCUCAUCAUUCUCGGGUUCAUUGUUGCGGUUAUCUACAUUGUGUUUCAACCAAAGAUUCCAAACUACUCUGUAGACAACCUCAGGAUAUCCGAUUUGAGACUCAAUUUCGAUUUAAGUCUUUACGCCAGGUUUAAUGUAAGGAUCACGGCCUACAAUCCGAACAAAAAGAUUGGGAUUUAUUAUGAGAAAGGGAGCCAGCUGAGUGUGUGGUACAAAAGCAGUAAGCUUUGUCAAGGGCCGAUUCCGAAAUUUUAUCAAGGGCACCAGAACAGGACAAAGCUCGAUGUGGCCUUAACGGGUCAAUCUCAGUAUGGUAAUACUCUGUUGUCUGCCCUGCAGGAGGCACAACAAACAGGAAGGAUUCCGUUGGAUCUUAAGAUCAAUGUACCUGUUCGGAUUGAGCUCGGAAACCUCAAGUUGAAGAAGGUUCGGAUUGUGGGAAAUUGUGCAUUGAUUGUGGACAGUUUAUCUACCAAUAGCUUCAUCAGCAUUAAGGCUAGUACUUGCAAGUUCAAUGUCAAGCUUUAGGCAUCCUGAAUUGUCCUGGAGUGAUUUUAUGUUCAUUUUGUAAACAUUGUUUUUGUAGACUUUUUUUUUGUUUGUCUACUUUUACUUUAGCGACAGAGAUUCAACAUUGAUUUAUCAAUACUUCUUUAGUUUGCAGAGUCACGUACCCGAUUCAAACAUUUAUAAACUCCUCCAACAUUCCUUCCGUGAUUUAUUUUUGCUGUAAGAGGUUAUUUUAAUCUCUCUGUUUUUUUUUUUAAAUUCUUGUGCAAUGUAAUGGAAAUGAUGAAUACUUG